AUGGCGACCGCAACCGCCUUUGUGGCCUCCACGCCCUCCCCAGGCUCGCCUGUCAGUGUCAACACCCCCUCAACACCGCGACACGGCACCUUUUACGACAACUACACGCCGGUUCGCAAGUCUGAGCGACUCUCGUCGCAGCGCACAUCGGCAAACCGAACCCCAUCCCCUCACCAGUCCGGUCGCACCUCCACAUCUCGUCACGUCCGCGCUUCACCUAAGUCGACCUCUGACAAGAAACACCAACCCACCCACGCUACCUCAUCCAGGAUGACCUCACCCCCGGCCACCGCGUCGCCUCAGAAGAAGCGGCUUCCUGCCGUGUCGCGUGUCUCGUCGGGCUCAUUGACCGCAGAGAGCAUCCGCCACGCCGCAGCCGCCCUCGGCCAGUCGCAGAGGAUGAAUCCCCACUCCCUCACCAGCGCACCAAGUCAAUCGGCCCACGUCCUGCCAACCCCCGCCAAGACGCCCUCGCGCAAGCACGCCGAGCAGAACGAGAAGAGCGUCAACGCCAUCGCGCGCAACCUCUUCAGCAAGCCGCAAAGCCCCAAGAAGACGCGCACUAAGCAGUACAAGCUCGACAGCUUCGACGCUGAGGACGACACCUUCCAGAUCUACACUGACUCCCAAGACCGCCUCCCUGCUGCCGACACUACCGAGGAAAACCCCUUCUAUGGUGAGGCGGGUAUCGCGGCAUCAGCGAAGCCUGUGCGCCGCAGCUCGCGCAACAGGAAGAACACGGUCGGCGCCAGCGUCUCUGAGCAGGUUGACGAGGUUGUCAAGCGCGAGGACGGCUUGCUCUACGUCUUCCGCGGCAAGAAGAUCUUCAGGAAGUUCUCAGAUGGUGACGAGUCAAGCUCUCGACUCGACGUCAAGCCCCGCCUUCUCUUCCCAUCUGCCAAGAGCCACAACGAGAACGAGCUCGUCCACCCCGAUGAGGAGGCGGAGACCGACAUCGAGCAGCCCGUAGCUGACGAGCUUGAUGAUGUCAAGGCCAGAGCCGAGACGCCUGUCGAGGCCAAGGAGGAGAAGGUCGACACUCCUAAGGCGCCCAAGUUCGCUCCCGCCUCGCCUCCGGACACCAGCCGGGCUACCCGAUCCAAGAAGAUCACCAACGAGCCGACUCCAGUCAAGACUAAGCGCCCUGGCAAUCGGAGUCCCUUUGAUGGAUGGCGUCGUACCAAGACUGCCUCCGAGGGGUCUGCGAAUGGCCACAAGCGGCCUGGUGAGCCGCUCAGCGGUGCAUCCGCGCCCAAGCGACCCAGAGCUUGA